UUCCAUUUUAUUUCAUUUCACUUUAUAUCCAUUAGAUAUUCAAACAAAAUAGCCCAUCGUCUGGUUUUAAGCAAGAUUUUAGGAGAGUUUCGACUUUGGCAACUAUCAAAUUGAAGAGUAAGUAAUUGUCAAUUGAUAUUUUUUUGUUUAAAACGAAUCAUUGAAAACGUAGGCUGAGUCGAUGGAGAAAUGCAUUUUAAAUAUUGAAAAUGAUAAAUUGCAUGAUCUUUCAUUUUACUAGUUAUAAUGGCGAGAAAUUAAAGUAGGUCAUAAUUUUUUUAUACAACUCUUGAAACCACUCAUCUUACAAUUAUUUCGUUAUUAAUAUACUCUACCUAAUAUAGAUCACUAUCUCAAUUUUAUCUACUCACUAUAUAUACCCCAUGAAUAUAUAGGUUAAGUAAUUAGCCACUAACUUAUGAUAUUAUAUUUUUAUAACUUUAUUUAGCUAGCUCACUGAAUUAUUAUUCAUUAAUCUCUCUUUUCUUGAGGAAUCCAAGUGAUAAAUAUGCAAAUCAAAUCCAAAAAGAAAGCUCGCAUUUUUCAGUUUAUAUUAUUUGGAAACUUAUACACAAAGCCAGUACAUUCUGUCGACUUGCUCUCCAUAAAGUAAAAUCCCCACAAUCACACUACUCCUUUCUUCCAUUUUUAAUACCAUACGUGCAUUUCACUCUCAAGUUUAGCAUCCUUUCUCCUUCUCCAGUAAGUAAAAAUCACUAUAUUAGUCUUAGAAAAAUCUCCUCCAUAUCACCUAUUUACAAAGUACCAAACAAGUAGAGAAAUCAUCAAUCAUAGCUAGCAAGAAGAAGUGUUACAUAAUAAAUGGGAACAGAUUGGGCGCCGUCGAUAAUAGCGGUUGGAUUGUUCAUAAUAUUGUCACCGGGACUGCUAUUCCAGCUUCCUUCAAGAACAAGAUUCUGCGAGUUUGGGAAUAUGUACACCAGUGGGAUUUCAGUACUUGUUCAUGCCGUCUUAUACUUUUGUAUAUUUACCCUUUGUAUUAUCGCCUUUAAUCUCCACAUAUGGUCCGAUUUUUCCUUCCCUCCAAUCAAGUUCCCUCCAAUCAAGCUUUAGUACUACUCUUAACCUUUUUUGUGUUUCUUCCCCAUAUAGUUAUACUAUUUCACAUGUAAUAGUAAAAGUGUUUUACAGGAUGUUAUGAAGUUCAUGCAAAAUGAAAUUAACUAGUUUUUGG